CUCUGACUCUAGAUUCUCUUGCCCAGCAUCCUCGUGUUCUCUACCGUCUGCUGUAUAUACAUAUCCCACAGACGUCUGUUCCAGACGUGUCCGCUCUUUCUAUCAGCCAGCAGUACCAGCCUACGCUCGCGUUCAUUCCUUCACGCAGCAGCCCAUUUCGCUCUCUCAACACCAUCUCCUUAUACGCUCAUUCUCGACUCGAUCUGAGAUCGUCACCCAAGCUUCACUCACUCCUUGCCCAACAUCAACAUCACACACUUGCGACAUUGACAUUGACGUCGACGCCGGUUUCUUGGAAAGAAAACCCCGUCUCAAUCUGUCCUCGCUUCAUCAAUCGAAAACCCACCUAGUUCAAGGCAAGCCUUUGAUCAUCACCACUAACCAACAUGCGCUUCUCCAUCAACAGUUUGGUGCUGGCCACCCUCGCAGCCAGCCAAGCAUUGGCUGCCUCUAUCGGUCACCAACACACCGUCCUGCAUAACCAUGCUCGCAAGCACGAUCAUGCCCCAAUUGAAAAACGUGACGCCGCCAUCAGUGCCGCUGAUGUCAGCCGACUCUCCGCCUUGGGAGUUCUGUCCACUGGUGUCAACUCGGAAACCAACAACGGAGCUGUCUGGCUCGGAAGCGACGGUCAAUACAAGAACGAGUUCACCAACAACUCUGGCGAAGAUCUGAUUCUCGUCAUCUGGGGUGUUGCCGGCUCGUGGAUCAACGUCAUCCAGCCUCACAUCACCGCCUCCAUCCCCGCCGGUCAAUCCAUCUGGGUCUCCUUCGCUGAUGGCGCCUCAGGUGCCUGGAGCGCCAUCUACUCUGAUACCCAGCUCGUCAACGGCCAAGCCUCCAACACCUGGGGAGAAUUCACCUUUGGUCAAUGGGGCGUGGUCAACGUUUCGCGUGAGGUCAACAUGAGCGGCCACCCUCUCAGCAUCGUCGGUCCCAGCUGCGUCACCGACAUGAACACCUGUGUGUUCAUGUGCUCCAGCGGAAACGUCUGUACCUUCGACUACAUCUUGGUCAACUGCGACAACGGCUCUCAACCCGGUGCCAACUACGGCUACCACGAGGGUGCUCCCUCAGGUGGCUGCGGUGGCAUGGGCUCCAGUGCCACCCUGAAGACAACCUUCUCUUAGAUUGUUGUACUCAGGUCUCACACAAGCAUGCAUGGUUCGUCACGCAGCGACCAAAUUAGGUUUUGGGGAAAUGGAAAAUCAGGAUACAAUUUUUUUCAUGGAGUUUAAGGGAGGGGGGACGCAUACCACAUCAAUUGGGAUAUCAUUCGCAGGCAAAAGACUCGUUGGAAUGGAAGUUUGCAUUACUCGCACAGACCGACCGACCGACCGAACGCGACCGAUUUACCUAUCAAAUGAGUUGGAGCAACCCCCUCUGGAGGGAGUAUUUACACAUCGAUCAUCAUCAUUUUCGAAUCAACGCGCCUGCCUACCUACCAUCUUGGUAACAUUCUUGACGACGACGAUUACAUUGGGGCAAUCUAUCUUUGCCAGCAAAUAUUGAGGAUGAGUUGGGAGCUCUAGACAGUUACGAUGAUGCGUCACACAACCAGCACACAACCAGCGGACGGAAGCAUACAGGGACAAACAUGUGUUUGCAUGGAAGGACAAUGGAAAACAACACAUAAAAACAGAAACAGACACAGAAGACAAGAGAAGACGGGCACUUGCAUGAACAUGUUACAUGUCGUCUGUUCUGUUCUGUGACCAUGUGUUGGUUCAUAUUCGUUCGUCAAAACGGAAGCAAGCGCCCGCUGGUUUGAACACAACUAGACAUCAUUGACGACAAGUCAACCUUUCCUUAGCUAUAGACUCCUAGGUGUUUUUACAAUUUCUAAACCAUUUUAAAAUCAA